CGGUGGCUGGAGAAGUACAGACUUGCACCGUGCCGGUCUCGCAGUCGCAUCUGCUCGCGUGCAUCUGUUAGUUGUCCGGAAGAUGGCGCGCGUCCAGCCGAUGUUCGGUGAUCGCCUGCCGGCUGCUGUUCCCGCCUCCGUGUCAGCGGAUGCUUCCUGCUGCUCGUGCUCCCGCUGACUGACUCUUCGCCGGACCGAUUCCUGAUGCGGAACGGAGUGCGCGCACGCGUUGAUCAUCAUCGUCCCCCGCUGGCUGCCAGACAACGGGAUAACGUUGCCGUCUUGUCUCUCUCUCUCUCUCAGUUGACUUUCGGACUCUUCGAUGCGCGGUUUCUUAUCUGUCUCGUAUGUAGUCGCCGUUCUGCCUGGUGCUCGUGCGCAGUGCACCGUUAUAGCCAUGCACAACAACCACUGCCGAGUUUCGUCGUCUUCGCUUCGGGAGCGACGUCGUCUGUGCCCGCUUUCCGGAACGAUUCGGUAGUUUGAGGCCGUGAAGCCGCUCACUUUCUUCGGUUGGCCGAGUCGAUUACGAUUAGAGUUUCUGACUCUGCUCGAUUUUCGAGUGAAGUGUACUUACCUACUGCGAGCGCGUUCGCGAUUCUUCUCCAUCGAAACUGAAAGGAAAGAUGAAGAUGUCACCGAAAGUGUCACCGCCACUGCUGCUGCUUCUCGCAACCGUCGUUGUUUCAGUGCACGCCGGCAGUCACCGGAGGCACGGCCACGGACUGGGCUGUCGCCGGUGCCCGCCGGGCUCGGCCGUGCUUCGCCCGUGCGGCCACGGCCUGGACACCGAGUGCUCGCCGUGCCGUCCGGCUCAGUUCCAGCCGCACCACUCGUACCGGCGCCACUGCCUGCCCUGCUCGCGGUGCGGCCGCGGGCUGUUCGAGGCGCACCCGUGCACCCCGACCAGGGACGCCGUGUGCGACUCGUGUCACACGCUGGUGCCGGGACCGCACUCGGAGGACUUUUACGUGAAGUGCGGAAACGACACCAUGUACACCGUGUCGCCUUCUUCGGACGAGUACGAAGGCGACGACGACGGCGAAGACCUCUGGCAUGGUGGCGACGCCGAGCCGGGAGACGCGAUGCUAGUCAGGGACGAGUUGACGCACAUGAGGCACGACGAGGAUCGUCCGCUGUCCCUGGAGCAGCCAGUGCGGCUCCACGGAGUGCACUCCAAGUUGCACUCCACGAAACACGGCCACCACGGCGGCGUAGCUGGAGGGGGCGACAGUGGCGCCACCGUUGUCACUGCCGUGGUGUCCAUCUGCGUGCUGGCUGGACUUCUGUUCUCCGUGGUGCUCAGUAGGUGGAGGACCAACGGCGUGACGGAUUCGCCCGCUCCCCGAAGGUGUGCACUCUUUGCCUUCGGGGCACUCCAGGCCCUGCAAUUACACAAGACACAGGUGUGA